CAAAGAAAUUUAUGUGUGUAAAUUAACAAUAAUUCACCAUCUUUGCAUUAUGUAUUGGCAGGCCUCCUGUAUUCAAUUAAAUAAAUAACUGGUAGCUGUUAUCGAAUCAGUAGCACGCAAUAAAGCAAUAAAAUUCUUGGCUGCCCCACUGAAAGCACCUCAUACAGUCUGUAGUCCAAUUUUUAAAUAUGUAUGUAUUUUAUAAAGUUCACUAACCCAGCGUAUAUAUAUAUAAUUGUAUAUACGCUUGCCUGAUAAGUUAUUAGUUGUCCACAAAAACAAAGCCUUUUGAACUUUGUACCAAGCGAAUUGUAUUGAUAUAACACAACAGAGUGGCAAGGACGUCCUUCAUCUCGAACCUAAAUGUGUUGCCAGAUAGUUGCAUGAAAUCCGUGAGUUGUGUAUUUAAAAUAAGUUUGAUUAUGCUUCCCAUAUACUGUAAUAAUUGCUUUAGCAAGCGGGAUUCUAAGCCUGAUAUAAAAUUUAAGCUAACUCGAUGCCAUCACAUAAUCUGCGCUAGCUGCAUGCCCAAAUCAACUGAUGGCGACCGAAAGUGUCCCGUCUGCAAUCGCAGCUUAAGUGCCGUCACAAUAACACACGAUAUGCCCAGCAAUGUUGCCAACUAUUUUUUGGAUCCCAUCAUCUUUUUUAGAAUGUAUCAGACCAUUAGCAAGUUUCAAAGUAAACAGCGUAUCAUUCACUAUACGAACUUCUACAAGCAGAAGGCGCGCAUGGCCAAAAAGAAGCGCAAGCUGCAGGGCUACAGAAAGCUGCAGGAACAAUUGCUGGAGCAAAAUGAAACGGAAACGAAGCGCAUCGCCGAGUUGCGCGACUAUAUAGACUAUCAUGAACGUCGCGAAGAGGAAUUGCUGCCCGAUACUAGCUUAAGCUCCACUGAUAUCUCGAGCACGGCACGCAUGAUGUGCCGCCCCCGCACACCCUCAUUUAGCACCACAGACACGACGCCUACUGAUUCGGAAAUUGAGAUGAGCGAUAGCUAUCUCCUGGAGGAAUUCAAUAAGUUACUUUCACAGGCGACCUCAACAACGUCAACUAGGAAGUCUGUGAAAAAGAGGCGAAAGGGUAGGAAACCAAAACUAUUGAAAUUUAAGAAGAAAUAAAACAGUUUAUUUAUAUAUACAUUUGAUGAACGACUCACUUUUAAUUAAGGAACGUGUAAAGUCAGAUGUUUCGUGAAUAUAUGAAUAAUAAAUUCGUAGUUUCCGUUACUCAUGUUAUGGAAAGUUUUUAGUAUAAGCGGCUCAAGUGCUGAAAACUACGUAGAUUUGUAUAUACGUAAAUAUUUGUAUGAGCAUGCACGAAUACAAUGAUCGGAACGAAAUAAAAGCUGGAAGAGAUUACAAUUGUUCAGAGUCUAGCAAUUGACAUUUCCAAUGGAUUAUAUGCUGUGAAUCUAAAGCUCUUAUUGUUUCAAUUGUUUAAUGGUUAUAUUUAAAAUUUUAUGUUUUGAAAACC